AUGGACUACUCGUACUUCAGCGCAGCGCCGCAGCCCUACCACUUCAUGGGCAUGCCGCCAAACGGCUUCCCGCACGCCGGAACUGGAGUCGACCCGGAGACAAUUCGCAGCAUUGAACCCUUCGACACCUCGCUGAUCCCCACCUCCUACGAUGCCUUCCCAUUCAAUCCGCCCGCCCUGCCUACACCGGGCUCGCCAGACCCGACCGUAGCACAAACGCCCAUGCCCGUCGGCAGCGUCGACAGCGGAAUCGGCGGAGAAGUAGAGGACAGCCGGGCCAGCCGGACACGGAGUAGCUCAGAGGAGAAGGAGGCCGGGCUGACGCCGGCCCAGAGCAGGCGGAAGGCGCAGAACCGGGCAGCCCAGCGCGCCUUCCGCGAGCGCAAAGAGCGCCACGUGAAGGAGCUCGAGGCGAAGCUCUCCGCCCUCGAGUCCAGCACGCACUCCCUACAGUCCGACAACGAGCGCCUGAAGCUGCAGCUGCAGCGCGUCCGCACCGAGAACGAGAUCCUGCGCGCCACCAGCGGCCACUCGCCCACCUCCUCGCGCCCCGUCUCCGCCACCUACCCCUCGCCCGGCGCACACCUCCCCGACGACGAGGCCGACGACGCCUCCUACAACGUGCAGUCGCUGCCCAACGGCAGCGUGGUAAACAGCGCCGACAAGGAGCACGCCGCGUCUCGCCGGAAGACCACCAAGGCGCGCGAGAUUCCCGCCGCCCAGACCUGGGACCUCAUCCAGUCGCAUCCCCUGGUCAAGCAGGGCCUCGUCGACAUCGCCGACGUGUGCGAACGCCUGAAGGGCGCGGCGAAGUGCGACGGGCAUGGGCCCGUGUUUGAAGAGAGCACAGUGUGGGCGGCGAUUGAGAGUUCGCGGAGAAGCGGCGGCGACGAGCUGAUUUAA